AUGCAGUUGGCUGUUCACCAGGACGAUGCUAAUAUCCUUCUCAGUGAGAGGAAUGUCCUUUCAGACACAAUCUUGGACAAGUACAGAACUGCUGGCCACAUUGCCCAGACUACCCUCAAGUACUUGAUCCAGCUCAUCAACGACUCUUAUCAUUUAGGUAAGACUGAGAGGCCGUACUCAUUGCAAGAGCUCUGUGUCCUUGGUGAUUCCAUGACCCAAAAGUUGCUUGCCAAAUCUUAUACCAACCUGGACAAGGUUAGAGAGAAGGGUUUGGCUCAUCCAGUGACUAUUGAUGUGAACGAAUAUGUUUCUAAUGUUUCCCCUGAGCUAGACACCAAGCAGCACUACACCUUCCUGGCUGGUGACGCUGUCACUAUCUCUACUGGUGCUCAUAUCGAUGGUUACACUGCUUUGGUAUCUCACACUGUGGUUAUCUAUCCUCCAGGAGUGAUGGUCCAGGACCAGUUGAAACCAGAGGGUCCUCUUUUGGGUCCUAAGGCCGAUGCUCUUGUUUCUACUUAUAUCGCUACCGAGGCCACAGUGGCUCUUCUUGGCCUUGCUUUGUCUCCUGAGAAACUUUCUGCUGUUCCAGGUAUGAACGGUACUUCAGUGAUCACCGGUGCUCACAUCAGAGAACUCGUCGACAGCAUAGCCGAAAGUUUUGGCUGUGUUGUUGUACCUGGUUCGAAGGUGAGAAGAGUUAGAAGAUUUUUGGCUGGUCAAGCUGAAGGUAUUGUUGCUGAAAGGGAUUUCAAGGGUGUUGUUUGGAGCGAAAGCGACCAAGAAGCUAGACUUUUGAAGAAGUCUACUAACGACUCCCUGUUGAUUGUGCACGAUAACAGCAAAGAUGCAUCUCAUACGACGCAAGUUUCGCUGGCUAUUCCAACCGACGAGUUUGUGAUUGAGGCUGGCGAAGUAUACAACAUCGAUUUGAAGUUGGUCUCUGUCAGAGAGCUUGAGAAGGGUGUGAUCACAUUGGAGGAUGCGGAUGAUCUCAAAAAUGAAUUAGCUAAACAAACAAUUUUCAUUCGUGAUUUUGCAGUUACACAUCAAUUAAAGUUGAGAUCUGCUAGAAAAUUGCUCAAUACCGUGGAUAACACCUUCUCAGUCUACCCUUUCAAGCUAACCCACACUUGUGAGUCAUUCCCUAUUGACCAUGAGUCUGGUAAUGCUGUCAAGCAAUUGGAAGAGAUCAAGAAGGAAAUGAAGACCCACAGAUUGGGUCUCAGUGAAUUGUCGAACAGAUACUUAGCAAGAGGAAAGCCUGUGCAAAGGGUGAAAAGCAUUCCUUUGCUGAAGAUCCUUUCUACUGAUAACAAGACCGGUAGACACGGUAUUGAUGCGACGAAAUUGACCUUGCCUGGUAGGGAAGUACCGUUGCCAGCUUUGGGUGUCAGUGCUAUUAAGUUGAAGUCUUUGUUGAAGUUCGGUUCUUACGCCGAUGCUGUGGCUAGAGAAUCUACUACCAUCGUCUUGAACAAUACUUCUGGCAAUAAUGUUGUGCGUUUGACCGGUGGUAACAGAGCUUUCACGCCGUCUUGGGUUCACUCCCAAUUCCAGGUUGGUGGUGCCAUUCAGCCUACGGUGGAGGCAUUGAGCCAGUUGAUGCAAGAUAGCAGAUUCGGUAUCAAGGUGAAGGAGAUCCAGCCUUACGAGUUGAACAAGGAAGUUUUGCAUUUGGAGGAGACCAUGCAGUUGGACUAG